UUGACAGAAAAAUGAUGUUUACGAAAUAUUUUUAUUUCUUUUUCUUAUUACCUCUUGUGAGUAAAAUUGUAACACAAUGAAUUAAUCUUAUACAAUUAUAUUAAAAACACGUUUUUAUGAAUAAAUGGUAAAAUCCAACGAUAUCAUUGAGCCGCUAAAGCAGAAUUUAUUAAAUUGUUUCAAAAGUUGUGGUUUGGUAAAUUAUGAAAUCAUAAAUUCUCAAGAUAAUUUUACUAGCAAUUUUGAAAUAUUAUUAAUAAAUUGGAGUAUAACAAUUUUACAGAGUAAAAGUGAAGAUAUUAUUUUAACGGUUGGAAAUGAUAUGUACAAAUAUGUUUGUGAAAAAGGUCAAUACGUAAAUGAAGCGAAGAUGUGUUGUUAUAAAUAUGCUAGAGAAGUUAAUACUUUAAAAAGAACUAUGGAACUUGUGAACACGCCUUAUGAACAUUUGAUUACAGAUUCGAGUAGAGAAAAAAAAGUUUUGCCAACGUUACUUCAUGAACAGGACAUGAUUGUUGACUUGGGCUACGAUCCGGUGGAUGAUGAUCAAAUAGUUGUAUUGUCCGAAAAUACAGAAGCUGCAGACUACAUCAUGAUGGAGCGUUUGUAUUAAAUGUACCUUAAUUAAUUAAAAAUAUUUCAUUUGUAAAAAUUAUAUAAGAAUUAUAUAAUAAAUAAUAAAAAAUGCUCUGUUGUCUACAAUA